UUUCGCCAUUUUAUUACGGAAGAAAUAGAGAAGUACUGAACACGGUUAAUUGGAUGAUUAUUUUUUUCUAAUGAAUUCCAAUCAUGUGACAAAAUUCGGAGAAUAGCUACGCAUAACAACUAUGGCUACCAUUGAUUCCACAACAUUGUCACCAUCAUCCACAACUAAAGUCUUGGCUAAUUUGGUGUCUGCCGUUAUAAAAUCAACUACAGCAGUUCCUGAACCAACUACAACAAGUUCAAUUCCUACUACAACCCAAACAACUACCACAUUUAACCCAGAUGUAACAGGUUCAUCACUCGAUCCUAAUGUAUCCAAUAUAUCGGCUCCAAUACCCCUGAUCUUUUUACAGACUACUGCAGCCCAAGGCAUCGCAGGAACAUUUGCAGUGGCAGCUAUUCUUAUAACAGUUCAUCAGAUUUAUUUACAUCUACGUUACUACACAUGUCCUAAUGAACAAAGAUGGAUUGUUCGAGUAUUGUUCAUUGUACCUAUUUAUUCCUUCGACUCAUUUCUCAGUCUCAUGUUUUUCAACAAUGACAAUUUUUAUGUGUAUUUUGACAGUGUUAGAGACUGUUAUGAAGCCUUUGUGAUAUACAGUUUUCUAAGUCUGUGCUAUGAAUAUCUGGGAGGUGAAGGUUCAAUUAUGGCAGAAAUACGAGGAAAGCCAAUCAAAUCUAGUUGGUUUUGGUGUACAUGUUGUCUAUCGGGACGACAAUAUACAAUUGGUUUCCUACGUUUCUGUAAACAGGCCACAUUACAGUUUUGUAUCAUCAAGCCUGUUAUGGCCAUCUUAACUCUCAUCCUACAAGCCUUUGGUUAUUAUAAAGAUGGAAACUUCUCAAUUGCUCGAGCGUAUUUAUACAUCACUCUAAUCUACAAUUUCUCUAUAAGUUUGGCUCUGUACGGGCUUCUUCUCUUCUAUUUUGCCACUAGAGAAUUGUUGAGUGCAUAUGAACCGGUUCUUAAAUUCUGUAUCAUCAAAUCCACCAUUUUCCUGUCAUUUUGGCAAGGUGUUGUAUUGGCUAUACUGGAGAAAACGGAAGUAAUAAGUCCUAUAUUUUCUCAAGGUAACCACAUGGAAGUAGGAGUAGGUACAGUAUCUGCUGGAUGGCAAAACUUCUUUAUCUGUAUAGAGAUGUUUAUUGCUGCCAUUGCUCUUAGAUUUGCUUUCCCCCAUAGUGUUUACAGCUCGGGUCCUACCAGUACUCAUGGACGUACUGUCUCCCUUCAAAGCAUAUCGAGCAGUUUGAAGGAAACGAUGAACCCAAGGGACAUAAUGCAGGACGCAAUUCAUAACUUUCAUCCUCAGUACCAGCAGUACACUCAAUAUCAACAUGGCUCGAAACCAACUCGUGAAGAAGAACAUAUAGAUAGCAUGUGGCCCACAGAACCAUAUCAAUAUCAGAAUCAGAUCACCCCAAACGGUAACACACCUCAACCACAGAGUCAUGGACAUGGUCAUGGUCAACCACAACCUCGUAUACAAGGUCCUCCUGGUCCUCCAGGUACCACACCAAAUAAACAUCGCUUUAAUGAAAAGACCACACUUCUUAGUUCUGAUGAUGAAUUCCAAUGAAGAUCAAAGACUGAGGAAGAGAGAGAUUAUUUCAGGGAAUAGGCCGACAGUUUAGUACUUGAGAAAUUUUUACAUUGUUAUUAAAGCUUGAAACUAUCGACCUUUGUCCAAAAUAUCAAAACGUUACUAACUUUUUUUUUUUAAAUAAAUGAUAGUAAUUGCUUGAUUUAGCAGUAAAAGUUCAAAAAGGAAUUAAUCUCAUAAAAAAAUAAUAUAGUAUAUAGUCAGGUUGUUGAUAUGCUUCUCAAUUUAGAGACAAUAGAACUAUGCUUGAUUUUGGUAAUAUUGUUACUUCUGGAAAUUGCUCUGAGACUAUAUUCUCAAACAAACUGAAAAAGUAGAAUCUCUUUCCCAGAUUUUCAAUAUCUUUAGAGUUACGAUCUUUCCACCAUAUAUACAAUCAUAAAUAGUUAUUUUUACUUUUGACGAUCUUUCCACUACAUAUAUACACAAUCAUAAAUAGUUAUUUUUAGUUGGUCCCGUGUACAUAUUGGCCUGCUCGUAAAAGAUCCCUUGACAGAAUUUGAUAUAAGAGUAGGCCGUAGUGCCGCUGUCCGGGCAAAAUUUCACUCAUAGCACACUGUAUGGCGUAUGCCCGUCUUCAUUAGCCCAGUUCGGAGCAGAACAGUAGGGUGUUAAACCCCAUUUCCAUUCAUUUAUUUUUAGUUGAAAGAUUGUCAUUAAUUUAUAACAUAGGUCCAACUUGUUUCUGGUGUGCUAAUCAGAUUUGCUUGUUUCAUUUUCAUCAACUCAUAUUUUGCUCAUUCUAUGAAAUCUGCUCUGCUCUCGUGAAGUUCCCAUCUUCAUUAGCCAUGGUUGAUGCAGAAAAGCAGGACAUUACGCCCCAUUUAGGCUUGUUCAACAUGCAUAUUAUUAUUGAAUUUCUUAAUGUGGCUUGAAAGAAUAUAGUUACCUCUAUAAUGAUUUGUGCUAUUUUUGCUUGUUGCUUGCAGUCUCACAUGUAGCAUACAGGCAACAUUCAAACUAAUCGGCACACCUGAAUCAAGUUAGACCACUGCUGUUCUUAAUGCAUAUGUUAUUUGUAUGGCUGGCAACAUUCAAACUAAUCGGCACACCAGAAUCAAGUUGGACCAUUGUCUGUAGAAAAUGUGUUUAUUAUUUGAAUGUAUGGCAACAUUCAAACUAAUCGGCACACCAGAAUCAAGUUGGACCAUUGUCUGUAGAUAAUGUGUUUAUUAGUUAUAUAUAAAUAUGAAACAGACACGCCUAUAAUGGUUGCUCGUAUCAAACAGCUGUCUCAUUGCUUUAUUACUACACAAAACUUGAUGGCAAAUAAAUAAAAUAUACAAAAUAUAUAUAAAAUCUUAUUUUUAUUCAUUAUAAACAAAUCAUAUAUAUAUAUAUACAUAUAAUUUAUUUUAUGAACUGUGUCCUAUUUUGUGAAUGUGAUCAAUAUUUUGAGUAGCUUUUAAUCUUAGUAUGGUGUAUGUCCUAGCUUAAAGUUACAAUUUCAUAUUUUCUAAGAAAGUCAAAACAUAAUUAUGUCUUAUGUCCUCUGCUCAAUAGGUUGUCAACUCACUAUUAUACGAUCGUAGGUGUCAUUCUCACACUUAAAACUCAUUUACACCGGAAAUAAUAACACAAUUACCUCCGAAUUACCUCCCUUGUUUUCUAUUCUCCACCAUGGAGUAGCUAUCCUCAAACGUUUGAUUUUGAAGAGGAAAAUGAUAUUUUUGCCAAUUUCUCAACUGGCAAUAGUGAAUUAUAGGAUUGAUAGGAUUAUUCUUUAACAAAGUAGGACUGUUUAUAGAUACCAUCUAUUUUAAGGCUUUAUUUUAAUAAAUUUUAAAAAUAUAACGUAAAAAUAUGAAAUUGCAACUUUAAUAGAUAUAUUAUUAAAUGUAAGUAUUGUAUGCAUGCUCUUUAAGGAAUAUAUAUUAAUCAGAUCUUUUGUCCUUUUCCGCAGAAAGUAUGUGUAUCUUUAUAUCUUAAAUCAAUCUUUGAAAUGUUUUUAAGGAUUAUUCGUCUUUAUAUUCCCCUGGAAUACGCUUCCAGAAAAUAUCCGACUAUGUGAAUCUGUCAGUUUUUAAAUCCAAAGACUGAAAACUUGGUUAUUUAGUCACUAUCAUUAACAUUUUCUAGCGCCUAGUGUAUUCCCUAGUGGAUUGAAUAGUUGUGCGAUACUUUUUUUUAUUAUUAUUAUUAUUAUAAAUUACAUCGAUAGCAAUAUACUGUAUAAUGUGUCACAAAUUAAAAUUAAGAAAGUUCCUUUUAUGACUUUCAUAAAAAUAUUUUUAGAAUAACUUCUGUGUUAUUUAAAGGAUGAGUCCUAGUCCGAAAAAGCGGUUUGUUUACGCAUGCAAAUCAAGAGGCCAAUUUUUGAAGAAAUGGCUUCUUUGUCUGAAAGAGAUUCAGCGCAAAAUAACGAUCGAGAAAAGACUUUACUUGCGGGUCACUUAACUUUUAUAGUGCUCACAUCCAAGUUUUUAGUGAAGGAGUGACUUGAUAAAUGUGACUAUUAAAAGAGUUUCAGCGUAAAAUACCGAUCGAAGAAACACUUAACCUGGGUCACUUACCUUUUAUAGUGCUCACAUCAAUUUUUUAGUGAGGGAGUAACUUGAUAAAUGUGAUUAUUAAAAGAGUUUCAGCAUAAAAUACUGAUUGAAAAAACUUAACCUGGGUCACUUACCUUUUAUAGUGCUCAUGUCCAAUUUUUUAGUGAGGUUGUGACUUGAUAAAUGUGACUAUUAAAAGAAAAAUGAACGUAUUACAUAAAGCUGUUACGGCAUGCAUGCGUCAUAGACCGUUUUAUUUCUGUACAAAAACCCCAAAAAAGAGUGAAAAAAUCUCAAUUAGAAUUCUAUCACAAUUUGUAACAUGUACUUUGAAUUUAUUUCUCAAUAUUAAUUGCAUUUAGAUGAUAUUGACAUUUAAUUUAACUAUGGUACUUUGAAUUUAUUUCUCAAUAUUAAUUGCAUUUAGAUGAUAUUGACAUUUAAUUUAACUAUGGUAUAACUGAAAUAUAAAAUCAUGUAAGUAAUAUCUACAAGUAUAAAUAAUAUUAGCUUAUGUUAUUAUAUAUAUAGCAUGUCAGUUUUGUAUUAGUGUUCCAUGUAUCCUUAUAUAAAAUACAUACUAAUUAAGCAUCAAUACAGAAAAAUUAGAUAGUAUUGAAAAUGGGUGGAAUUCACUCAUGUCACAGUUUUGUCAGUCCCGACAGCCGAGGUGGUGUGAGUAGAAUCGUGACGUAUUUUAAGUUACAAAUAUGUUUCAGCUGUCAUGAUUGGUUGAGAUAUUCUUUAUGCAGUCUGCACAUGCGUUGUAUUCCCAAAUUCUCCUUUUCACUCGAUUGACACUUAUUUUGGGAAUUGAGAGAAUUUAAUUCCGGAAAGCUCAAUUGUGAAUAUCCACAUAGUAAAUUGGAAUCAACUUCUGACCCAGGUUCAGCACUGUGUUUGCUUUGUAACCUUGUGGGUGCUCUAUCAUCUUUCCAGAAAGUUUGAAUUGACAGCAUUGAAUGACUGCAGAACUAUUAUUAACAAGAUGAACAAAUCGAUCAAGAAAAAAAUAUUUGAUUUACAAUUUCACAACCACACCAAGUUUGGCAGUUAUAAGAAAUAAAAUUGUACACAGAGUAUUUUAUUAGGAUGAUAAAUUCAUCAAAUUGACAGGUUUUCUCUUUGAACUCUAUCUCACCUUUCUCCAGGUACAUUUAGAUUUAUAGAUAUAUAUAUCUUAGAGUGUUUGAUGUUUUUAUGAAAUAAGAACAUAUUACCUUUUUUGUAGUGCUACAUAUCACACCAUUAGUUUAUAUAUACCCGUAUUACUACUUAAUAAUUAUUAUAUAUUGUUUUGUAAUAAAUAGUUUAAUUGUAUAUAGUUGUUUAUGAAUAUUGAAUAUAUAUAUAUCAUCCUCUCUUAUAUAUAUAUAUAUAUCUCCAUGUAUAAGUAUUUCCAAAUAUUCAUAUCACCACCCACUUGUCAUUUUUAUAAAUAUAUAUUUAGAUGCUUAGACAAACUUGAGCUUUUUUAUUCAGUAUCUGCUCAUAUUAUAUCCUUUUGUUGUUUAUAUUACAUGCAUGUACAAACACAACCAUACCUUCAGGCAUUGAUGUAUAUCUUUAAAUCUUCACUCAAAAUUAAAUAUUAGGUCUGGUUUUAAAUAAUAUUCAGAAGAAUUUGAUUUGGGGAGGGAGUUUCAUUUGUAUAUUUUUAAAUCUGCACACUUAAUUAGAUAUUCAAUCUUGUUAUUGGCUGUGUUUAAACAUACAGGCCUGAAAUGUUUUCUAAACUAUUAAUUAGACAUUUAUUAACAUGACAAGACCAUAAUCAACUCUUGAUGUCAUCAGAUAUCUCUGAUAUUAAGUAGAUUAGAACAGGUCAGCCAUAUUUUGAUUUAAUCUAAAAAUGGUGAAGCGAGGCUAAUCUUUGAACAACCAGUGCGGUGGUUGCAAUUAAUGCACACAUCUUGUCAAACCUUCAAAAGCUGAUAUCUUCGCUCCCAAUGGAGCAAUUUGAAUGAAAUCUUCAAUAAAUCCAUUUUUCAUUAUCUAUUUUUGAACUAUAUAGUGUAGAAUGGUCAGCUCUUUAUCUAAAUCUUACAUAAUGUAUCUUUAAUACAAAGGAAAGUUUGGAAAUUAUUUUCAUAAACAUUUAAUAAUUAUUAAAUGUGUUUAAAUAUAACUGCGUGUCACAUUUUUGGAUAUUUGCAUGCCGGUAGUUGUAAAUUUGUCUGGAAAUUAUUUCUAUAACAUUUAAUAAUUAUUAAAAUUGUUUAAAAUUAACUGUGUGUCACAUUUGGAUAUUUGCAUACCAGUAGUUGUAAAUUUGUUUGGAAAUUAUUUCCAUAACAUUUAAUAAUUAUUAAAAUUGUUUAAAAAUAACUGUGUGUCACAUUUGGAUAUUUGCCUACUGGUACUGGGUAGUUGUAAAUUUGUUCAAAUUAUCUGAAAUAUAGUUUGUGAAAUGUAACUGCUGUUUGACAAAUAUGUAUUAUUGGAUAAAUCAUAUUUUAUCGAAUAUAAAUCAGUAUAGUUAUAAUCUCAUAAUUGGUAUCUGUUUAAUAUAUUUUAAGGUUUGUAUUUGAUAAUCAAAAUUUUAUUGCAGACAAAUCCUCUUUUCUUAUUUUAAUUGUGUUUUUAUGGCAGCAGAUGAGACUAAUAUUCCAGUGUGUAAUUAUUAAUUAUGUGUUAUUAACAAACAAUUGUUGAUUUUAAAACUAUUAUUUGUGAAUUUGAUAUGUUCGACUCCUGCUUUUUAUGAUAAAAAAAAAAAGGCUAAUUAAGCUAUGGAGUUAAAAAGUAAGAAAUGCUUUUCGCACUUGGGAACACGUACAUAUAUCAUAUUGU